AUGCGCAAGCCAAAGCCAUCUGCGAGGGCAAAAAAGAUGAAUAUUCCUGGGAAAGAGAAAACAUGCACUAUUGCAGUCCAGCCAAUCACUGAAGAUGCUAUGGAGGUUCUUCUGCGUGCUGACAACUAUCAGAUGUUUCGAAAGACUUCAUCUAAUAAGACAAAUGAAUAUGCGGAAACAAUUACAAAACUCCUUGAGGAGCAAAAGGCCCUGGAGAAAGAAGAAGCAGAUGAAAAGAAGGAAGAUGCCUUCUGUGCAAAUAAGAUCGAAGUUUCUGAGGAGUGCACCUCAAAACCUGCAGAUGCCGCAUCUACAGAAGAAAUAAAGGCAGUGGCUAGUGAGGAGAAAACAGAAGAGAAAAAAGAGACAGGAAAUAAAAUAGUAACUCUCAGUUCAUGGGCCAUAAAGCUAAUUGAAAACACAUCAGGAACUCUGGAAGUAAUUAUUCUUGGCAUGAUAAAAGACACAAAUGAUAUCAUUCAAAGCUCUUUUAUCAAGAAAAGAAUUUCUUCCCACUCUGUUAUGUCAAAGAACACAACGUACAUUCUUGAGAAUGCAUGCGACUGCACAGUACUUCCAUACGCAGGCUUCAGAGAAAGCACACAGAAAAAGUUCGAAAAUGGGUUUCCGUCGACCUGGAGCAUUAUUAUCCGGGCUGAGGUGAAGUAUAUACAGAACCUGGGAAAGUCUGAGAAGCCACUUCCAAAGCCAAAGAGCAAAAAAAGAAAGAAGUGGCUCAGCUAA